UUACGAAAAAGUAUUGUUUAAAAUGUAACAGAUUAUAAAAACUAACUAAUUCCUAUGCUCAUCCGGAAUUAGUGCUAUUUAUCUGGAUUUUUAUACUGUAACUAAAUAGGCACUAGAUGAAGAUAUUGCCAUUUUAAUAAUCACAAGUUGUUGACACGUUUCAAUAUGGCGACCGCCUUGCUUGUCAACUAUUUUAAUGGGGCAAGAGUCCUACUGAAGCAAGUUCUCUCUAGACACAACUCUCUAGAAGUAAUCCCUAAUUGUGAAGGACAGGUUGCCAUAGUAACCGGAGGAAACAAGGGUAUUGGUUAUGAGACAGUGAAAGGACUCUGCAAGGCACACAUGACAGUUAUAAUGGCUUGCAGAGAUGUAAAAGCAGCAGACAAGGCAAUCAAAGAACUCAAAGAGGAAUUACCUCAAGCUAACGUUGAAUACAUGGAGUUGGAUCUGGGAAGCCUAGCCUCUGUGCGGAAAUUUGUAACAAAUUUCAGAAAGAAAGGUCUUCCUCUUCACAUUCUUGUGAACAGUGCAGGGAUAAUGUUUCCACCUUAUGGGACAACUGAAGAUGGGUUUGAGCUGCAAUUUGGAGUGAACCAUCUCGGACCAUUUGCUCUGACAAAUUUGCUCUUAGAAGACUUGAUAAAGUCAGGUUUAACAGGAAGAUUUUCAAGGAUAGUUACAUUGUCUUCAGAGGCACAUGUCCCAGGAACUAUUAACUUUGAAGAUCUACAGAGCAAGAGCUAUUACUCACCCUAUUUAGGCUACAGUCAAAGUAAGCUGGCAAACAUCUUGUUUACUUAUGAACUCCAGAGAUGCUUGAAGGAACAAAAUAGUCCUGUAACAGCUAAUGUACUUCAUCCAGGAGUAGUCAACACUGAUUUGUUCCAGCACAUUCACUGGAUUGUAAGAAUACCUCAAAGUGUACUUGCUUACUUUCUUUUUAAGACUCCCAAGCAAGGAGCAGAUAACAGUAUUUACGUUGCCUUAUCCCAUGAGUUAGAAGGAACGGGUGGUAGAUAUUUUGUGAACUGUCAUUCAGCACAGUCUUCAGAUGAGUCAUACAGAGAGGAUGUUCAGAGGAGACUCUGGAAAAUCAGUUGUCAACUUACUGGUGUGUCAUGAGGGCUAGUGAACCUUUGAGCAUUACUCUCGAGAAUAACAAACCUGGUUAAAGCAAAGCUAAUUUGAUAACCCUACCUCCCUCUCAACAUAGUAAUAAGAUAGGUAUAACAUGAUCUAACAUCACCCAAAAACUACCUCAGCUCGAACGUUAUCCCUGAGGCAAAACAAAUUGAUACACAGAUAGCUAAUUAAUGUGGGAGAUUGACUCGUAGCUGUGGCAUGUUUGAGGUAUUUAAUAACAUUAUCAAAUGUUUAGGAUGAACAAAACUAAAUAAAUUGUUCUCCCCGGUUGUAACACUUAAAUGAAUAUGAAAAUUCAGAAGAAUGUAAAAAUUGAACACUUAUUCAGUGUUUUCGUCUGACAUUAGUUCCAACUCUCUUCCUCAAACCUCUCACAGCGAUGUGAGAUAGGCGGUGCCUGGGAGAGUUAAAGUGCUCUGCGACCGGGAAACCACUAGUGAUUGUGAUUCUUGAGUAUUAUAUAGGUUUACGUUAAUUAUUUUAAUCCACCUUGUGGUCAGCGUCAUCAUUGCCGUUUGCAAGAGAUCCUUAUCAGCCCUAGUCCUUUUCUCUUACGGUCCUCGCUACGCUCGAUCUGCACCAAUUGCCAAUGAACUCUAAAACCAAAUUAAGAAUGAAAAUAUGAGGCUUUGUCAGGAGAUUUCUAUUAGCGCAGUCCAAGUGGCUAACGUACCUAAGUCCUUACUAAUGGGGAGCCCUGUAUCAGCGGUUAUUGCUAAUCUCUACAUGGAGAUAUUUGAAGAACAAGCAAUAGAGUCCGCACCUUGCAAGCCUUAGAUCUGGAAACGCUACUUAGAUGAUACUUUCACCAUCCUGGAUCGGGACAGAGUUGACGAGUUCCUACAGCACCUAAACAGUCAACAACCAUCAAUCCGUUUCACCAUGGAGAUCGAGAAUAACAGCAAGAUUG